UCCCCCACCCUGCAGCUCGCCUCCCGACUCCUUCGGACGGGGCCGCCCCGAUGGGACGCCGCGCCCUGGUCCUUGCGCGCCGCUGAGACCAGCGCCCGCCAAGCCGAGCCGAGCCGAGCCGAGCCCCGUCGCCUGUCGCUAGCCCCUAACCCUCCAGGUCGGGAGCCUCGUUCCAUCCCCCCCUGGAAAGCUGGAUUUCCGAGGCUGGAGGCGCCUGGCCGACUGGGUGGGGACCACCAUGGGCAACGCGGCCGGUAGUGCCGAGCAGCCCGCGGGCCCCGUCACGCCGCCCCCCAAACAGCCCGUGGCCCCCAAGCAACCGAUGCCCGCGGCGGGAGAGCUGGAGGAGAGGUUUACACGGGUCCUGGACUGCAUGAACUUGCCUCCAGACAAGGUGCAGCUGCUAAGCCAGUAUGACAAUGAAAAGAAGUGGGAGCUCAUUUGUGACCAGGAGCGGUUUCAAGUCAAGAACCCCCCUGCCGCCUACAUCCAGAAGCUGAAGAGCUAUCUGGACACAAGUGGGGUUGGUCGAAAGGUAGCAGCCGAUUGGAUGUCCAAUCUGGGGUUUAGGAGGCGAGUUCAGGAGUCCACGCAGGUGCUCCGGGAGCUGGAGACCUCCCUGCGGACAAACCACAUUGGGUGGGUGCAGGAAUUCCUCAAUGAAGAGAACCGCGGCCUGGACGUGCUCCUGGAGUACCUGGCCUUCGCCCAGUGCUCUGUCGCGUAUGACAUGGACAGCACUGACAAUGGUGCCCCUGCCCCGGAGAAGAGCAAGUCUCUGGAGCAGUCUGUGGAAGACCUCAGCAAGGGGCCACCCUCAUCGGCUCCCAGAAGCCGGCACCUGACCAUCAAGCUGACCCCAGGCCACAGCAGGAAGGCCGUGCGCAACUCCCGCAUCGUUAGCCAGAAGGCUGACGCACAUGUCUGCAUCAUGUGCCUGCGCGCCAUCAUGAACUACCAGUCUGGCUUCAGCCUGGUCAUGAACCACCCGGCCUGUGUCAAUGAAAUCGCCCUGAGCCUUAACAACAAAAAUCCCAGAACCAAGGCCCUGGUGCUGGAGCUGCUGGCAGCCGUGUGCCUAGUGCGGGGUGGACAUGACAUCAUCCUGGCCGCCUUUGACAACUUCAAGGAGGUGUGUGGGGAGCAGCACCGCUUUGAGAAGCUGAUGGAGUAUUUCCGGAAUGAAGACAGCAAUAUCGACUUCAUGGUGGCUUGUAUGCAGUUCAUCAACAUUGUGGUACACUCAGUGGAGAACAUGAACUUCCGUGUCUUCCUGCAAUAUGAGUUCACCCACCUGGGCCUGGACUUAUACUUGGAGAGGCUGCGGCUCACCGAGAGCGACAAGCUGCAGGUGCAGAUCCAGGCCUACCUGGACAACGUGUUUGACGUGGGAAGCCUGCUGGAGGACACAGAGACCAAGAACGCGGUGCUGGAGCACAUGGAGGAGUUGCAGGAGCAGGUGGCCUUGCUGACAGAGCGGCUGCGGGACGCUGAGAACGAAUCAAUGGCAAAGAUCGCCGAACUGGAGAAACAGCUCAGCCAGGCGCGCAAGGAGCUGGAGACCCUGCGGGAGCGCUUCAGCGAGUCGACCCCCAUGACUGCCCCUAGACGGCCCCCCGAACCCGAGAAAGUGCCUCCCCCCGCCCCGGCGCGUCCCUCGGCUCUUGAGUUGAAGGUGGAGGAACUGGAGGAGAAGGGGUUAAUCCGCAUCCUGCGGGGACCGGGAGGUGACGUCUCCAUCGAGAUCCUCCCAGGCGCCGUGGUGACUCCGGGGGUGCCCAGCCCAGAGGACCCUCCCCUGGCCGCAGGUCUCCCACCUGCGGCAGAGCCGGUUCCCGGAGGAGCUGCGCAGCCGCCACCACCACCGCCCCCACCCCCGCUGCCCGGCCUCCCCGAGCAGCAGGAAGCGCCGCCCUUGACGCCCCCUGCGGCCCCACCCCUCCCGGGCAGCCCCGAGCCCCCACCCCCACCGCCGUUGCCAGGAGACCAGCCGCCACCACCACCCCCUCCGCCACCGCCUCCUGGCUCUGAGGGGCUAGUGCCUCCGCCCCCACCGCCGCCGCCUCCUCCGGGAGGGCCCCCUGAUGCCCCUGGAGGGCCUGGUCCAGAGAUGGGCGUAGGAGUGAAGACCAAGAAACCCAUCCAGACUAAGUUCCGGAUGCCCCUGUUGAACUGGGUGGCCCUGAAGCCCAGCCAGAUCACAGGUACUGUGUUCACGGAGCUGGACGACGAGAAAGUGCUGCAGGAGCUGGACAUGAGUGAGUUUGAGGAGCAGUUCAAGACCAAGUCCCAAGGCCCCAGCUUGGACCUCAGUGCUCUCAAGGGCAAGGCAUCCCAGAAGGCGCCCAGCAAGGCGAUGCUCAUUGAGGCCAACCGGGCCAAGAACCUGGCCAUCACCCUGCGCAAGGGCAACCUGGGUGCUGACCGCAUCUGCCAUGCCAUCGAGACGUAUGAUCUACAGACCCUUGGCCUGGACUUCCUGGAGCUGCUGACCCGCUUCCUGCCCACGGACUACGAGCGCAGCCUCAUUGCCCGCUUUGAGCGGGAGCAGCGGCCGCUGGAAGAGCUGUCAGAGGAGGACCGCUUCAUGCUGCGCUUCAGCCGCAUCCCACGCCUGCCGGAGCGCAUGGCUACGCUUACCUUCCUGGGCAACUUCCCGGAAACGGCCCAGCUGCUCAUGCCGCAACUGAAUGCAAUCAUCGCAGCCUCCAUGUCCAUCAAGUCCUCAGACAAACUCCGUCAGAUCCUGGAGAUCGUGUUGGCUUUCGGCAAUUACAUGAACAGCAGCAAGCGUGGGGCAGCCUAUGGCUUCCGGUUGCAGAGUCUGGAUGCGCUGCUAGAGAUGAAGUCGACUGACCGCAAGCAGACGCUGCUGCACUACCUGGUGAAGGUCAUUGCUGAGAAGUACCCGCAGCUCACAGGUUUCCACAGCGACCUGCACUUUCUGGACAAGGCGGGCUCAGUGUCCCUGGACAGCGUCCUUGGUGAUGUGCGCGCCCUGCAGCGGGGCCUGGAGAUGACGCAGCGGGAGUUUGUGCGCCAGGAUGACUGUGUGGUGCUCAAGGAGUUCCUGAAGACCAACUCGCCCAUCAUGGACAAGCUGCAGGCUGACAGCAAGACCGCACAGGAGGCCUACGAGUCGGUAGUGGAGUACUUUGGCGAGAACCCCAAGACCACAGCUCCCUCUGCCUUCUUCUCCCUCUUCAGCCGCUUCACCAAAGCCUACAAGAAAGCCGAGCAGGAGGUGGAGCAGUGGAAGAAAGAAGCUGCUGCCCAGGAGGCGGGUGCUGACCUGCAGGGCAAGGAGGAAACCCCGGCACCCAAGUCCCCACCCAAGGCUCGGCGACAACAGAUGGACCUCAUCUCUGAGCUGAAGAGGAAGCAGCAGAAAGAGCCGCUCAUCUACGAGAGUGACCGAGACGGGGCCAUUGAGGACAUUAUCACAGACCUGCGCAACCAGCCAUACAUCCGUUCUGACACCGGCCGCCGCAGCGCUCGUAGGAGACCCCAGUUGCAGGUCACCACGGACCUCUCAGUGUAGCCGCCGUUUCUGCAGGUGAAUUCUGCAGUGGGAUGCGUAGAGGGGGAGCUGUGGGCAGGCUGAAGCUCGCCAGUUGGCUUCCAGGCCGCCCCAGGACGCUCCUGCAAAGGGGCCAAUGCUGUUUCUUCUCAUUGGCCUUUGGCUGCCUGCCUGCGGCGCUCCCCACCGCCCCUCCGAGAGCUGCAGUUGGCGGGAACCCGGCCUGUAAAUUGUAAAGUACACCUCACCGCAGCGCGUGCCCCAAGAACACCCCUCGGACCUUAUUUUUAUACGAAAUGAAUAAAGAUGUUUGCAGAA